AUGUCGGACAAUUCGGACGUAUCUCGACCUCAACGAUAUUUUGGUUUCCAUUAUCUUUUAUUAAGAUUUUUAGGCCUUGGUUGGUGGCACCAUCCUGAUGAAAAUGACACACGUAACUUUCCCGGAUUGUAUUUUUAUUAUGCUCUGUUAACAGAACUCGUUUGGGUUGUAAUUUUCGUUGGACUGGAAUCGAUAGAUCCCUUUAUAGGUCAUAAAGAUUUAGAUAGAUUUAUGUUCAGUCUGUCAUUUGUUGUAACUCAUGAUCUUACUCUUAUAAAACUCUAUAUAUUCUUCUUUAAAAAUCGAGAACUUCAAGAUAUUGUCCGAACUUUAGAGAUCGAUUUGCAAGAUUACUACCAGAACAAUAGUCUCAUUCGUCAGACGAUUAAAGUGACAAAAAUAUUGACGGCCUCAUUUCUCUUUUUCGGAUGGCUUACAAUUGGCAAUACUACCGUAUAUGGUAUUCUUCGAGAUAUUAAAUGGAAAAGAGAGAUAUUACAACUAAAUGAGUCUACAAGCAAACCACCAAGGACAUUGCCACAACCUAUUUACAUACCAUGGGACUAUGAAAAUGAAAGAUCGUACAUUAUAACCUAUUUUUUUGAAACAAUAGGAUUGUUGUGGACCGGUCAUAUUGUUAUGACGAUCGACACAUUGAUAGGUUCUAUUAUUCUUCACAUGAGUUGCCAAUUCACUAUACUACAAGAAGCAUUUCUAACAGCCUAUUAUCGAGCCAUUGGAAGACUUUAUCAAGGUAUUCAGGUAAAUGAAAAUAACGCAAGCGAUUCUUCUGAACAUUUUAUUAGUAGUAAGGAUCUUGAUAUGAGAGAAACUAUUAUAAGGAAGUAUAAAUCGGAUAAAGAAAUUGAAGAGGCUUUACUGACGGAAUUGAAUAGUUGUUUUAAGCAACACCAACUAUUAAUCAGUUGCGUGGAAAAGUUCUCGGUGACGUAUUCAUACGGCUUCGUGACUCAACUGUUGUCCAGUAUGGCGGCCAUUUGUGCUGUAAUGGUGCAAGUUUCGUUAGAUGCAUCCAGUUUCAAGUCGGUACGCUUGAUAACAUCAUUGGCAUUCUUCGUAGCAAUGAUCAUACAACUUGCGAUACAAUGCUUUACUGGAAACGAACUCACUUAUCAAGCAAAGCUCGUGGCUGACUCGGUAAUGGAGUGUCAGUGGGAGCGAAUGCCAGCGCGCGUACGUAAGAUGCUUCUGCUGACGAUGAUGCGAGCUCAGAAGCCGCUGCAUCUCACUGCUGCCGGCUUCGCUAAUAUGAACAAUGAUUGCUUCUUAGCUAUAAUGAAAGCCGCGUACUCCUAUUACGCGGUGCUAAGCAAACGCCAAGUUUAGGAUUUCAUUAAAAAUAAUGCA